AUGGACAAUGUAAAGGGGACAUGUACAGUUGACUCAUCUGGCUCGGACUCCGAAAUCGAUCCUGUCCGAAACAAGAAUGAAAUGAGCCAACUGAUUGGAGACGAUCGACCAUUUCACAUACUUGCCUUUGGGGUGUUUGGUUUCAUCCUCCAGAUUUUUUUCUCCAUUGGAAUUUCGGCAUCUCAAGACAUCUUGGAAGAAACUUUACUACCCACUCCUGUUCUGUUAAUCUCUGCCUCGCUGCCUUUCUUCGUAAUUACCUCUGUCUUGCCGUGCUUCGUUUUAAAGUUGUCUCACAAAGCUCUUCUGGUGCCAGUAGUAGGGCUGGGUAUCACCGGCGUGUUGUUAUACGCUCUGGUUGAGGCCGUAUUUCUUCGGGUCACUGGAGUCAUCGUGGUGUCCACUGGGGUCGCCAUUGGCGAGGUCACUUUCGUCUCGAUGACUGCGUUAUACAGCGACACGGCGAUGAGUUCGUAUUCAGCGGGAACUGGCGUUGGUUUCAUUGCUGGGCCCUUGUACUACACCGCAAUGACAACUUUAAUUUGCCUGCCUCCGGAAACGACUGUCCUUAUCAUUUCUUGGAUGCCUGCAGUUAUCUUUCCUUUUUACAUCACAAUAGAGAGGAGACGUUUCAAGCCACAGGGAGACACGAUAAGCCAUAAAGAAGUCUCUUAUACCGUACUUACCUCUGAAAAUUUGCCAGUGAAAGAUAACCCAUCUUGCGAAGAGAAAAAAACGUUAAUCUGGCAAAACUCACACCUUAUGUUGGCCUGUUUCGUGGGUUACUUUUCUGAGUUUUUGACUCUCAAUGGCGUUGUUACAACUCUGGCCUUUCCAAACUCUUUUUUCGAUCCGAGGAACCAUUUUGUUUACUACGCAUGUGUGUUUAUGAUCGGAGAAUGCAUCGGUAGAUCUUACCUAAGUAUCCUGUUCAUUCUUAACUCAAAAUGCACGCCUGUUAUUGCAAGAACAUGGAUUUUAUCUGCAGUGCUUUUGGGUUUGUUCAUUUUCUUAACGUUAACGUCGUGGUAUCGCUUUCUCCACAGUGUCUGGAUUGUUUUAUUACUCAUUUUUAAUAUGGGGCUUUUGGCAGGAAGCCUUUACCUCAAUACGUUUCUUGUGGUCACCGGCGGUGAUGACGUCCAAGGCAAGGCGUUUUCGCGCGCUUUUCUCUCGCUUGGACCCAGUACCGGUGUCUUGAUGGCAGGCUUAGUUGGACUCGUACUGGAACCAACUUUAAGAGAACACUGUUUGCAAUCAACAGAAUUAAGAGAAUUUUGUUUUACAAGGUCAAUGGGUGGAUGGAAUAAAUCCACAUCAUGUUUGCGGUAGUUAAAAAAUUUUAAGAGAGAUUGUCAGUAAUUUUCGAGAAUCCGGCGACAGAAGCAAAAAUUCAACUUUUUUUUAUUUGCUCCAAAAGACCCUUUUGGUGAAUCGUUUUUAAAAAUAAUACUCAAAAGUUCCAGGAGUUUUUAUUUUGGAAAAAAAUACGAAAGUUCGAAAUCGGCUAAAACGUACCUAAUUUGCAUAAUUUCUAUUAGGCUUUCAGUCCAUUUUCACAACGCUCGUACAAGACGGCGAAAAAUUAUCUUGGAUUCAUUUUUUUCAUAAGUUAUUUUUCAUCCCUCGGAGUGGCUUUGCAACUAUAUUUCAUUUCUAACUGAACUUUCUUUCGUUUGUAACCACCCGCGUGAAAUACACUAUAUUUUCUAUUCCGUUUGUACGCUUAAUUUUGCUAUAUUUCAGACGACCAUAACAUCGGGGGUAUACCAAUGUACAUAAAAUAAAAGAGCUCUUUUCAACGAGAAAUUAUUCAUGUUUAUCAUGUAAAAACAUUAUUUUUGGCCCGUGAAAAGCGAGCGCGCCAGACCAAAAUAUAUAGCGUGCAUUUUCACGGAGUUAGGCCAUUUUUCUUGCUGUACUCCUACUGUAAAUCGCACGCUAUUGGGACAAAACUCGACGUGUUUGGUCUCUACUUCAGUUUUGAUUCAUUUAAAUAUAUCAAUUUUAACUUAAAAAUUCAUCUAUCUUUAUUUUUAAGUGAACAAACCACCGUUUUAGUUAAAGUUUUUGA